CACUCUAUAUCACCAAUUUGAGAAGGUUUCUCCUCCUUUUGAUUUGGUUUCAUCAGUAGUUUACAAGGAUCCCAAGAUCGUUCAAGAUGAAGUACCUUUUCGUGGUCGCCCUUUUUGCCUUGGCCAUUCAGUUGGCUUAUUCUGCAAGUGGAACUACCACUACUACCACUGCUGCCACCACUACAACAACCACAACCACAGCGGCAACAACAGCCACUACGACCGCCUCAUCCACCCACAAGAAGCGUUGUUGGAAGGGCAACAACUGGUGCCACACCCGCAUCCCCAAGAAGAAGUGCAAGCACCCAAAAAGGUGCCACAAAACCGUCGUGAUUGUCACCCGCAGGAAGAACUAAGAACAUCUUAAGAUCACCCAUUUAUAAACCCUUUUGUGCAUUAAUUAAAAAAAUCUUCCCUAAACA